AACAGACCUACUCAACAAAUCUGGGUCAAUACAUGGUACAGUGAAGCGGCACAGUAGCGGUUUGUGCAGACCUACACAACCAUGUCUGCAACUCUGAAGAAUCCUAUUUUCUUGAAAUGACGUUUUGACAGAUUCUGUUUUGACAGAUUCUAUUUUGACAACAUCUUAAUGUUUGAGACCCGGGGUGGAACAAGACAAAACUGGACGAGGAGUUUGAAGAAGUGAAGAGCUGCGAGGAUCUCUCUUCAGAAGACGGAGCUCCAAGAUCAGCCGAAGAGCGACUGGAGUCUUCAUUUUUGCAACGAGCCGCCCGUGGAGUUUGACACCAGCGCAAACAACCAUCUCUUCUCUAGUGAGAUGAAAAGCAACUCUGAGCAGCCGGAGGACAGCUCGCAUUCAUACUGCAGCAUCUGGAUGGACACAGAACCAGCAACGUUUAAGAGUUGUAACGGUCACUCGUUCGCCAUGGAUGCAAGGGUCAGACUGGAUCAUUUGAAGUCAGGGUGUAAUCCACCCCCACCUUGCGGCGUUACGGACGGAACAUUGAACAACUACAACAGUCAGAAAAACGCUUCGGACGAUGAGCCGAAAGAAGAGGAGUCUGCUUUGGACUCGGUGGAGCUCCUUGAUGUAGAGGAUGGUGAGCAGGAUGAAGAGAGCUGGUUAUACGAGUCUCCAAAGAAGCAGGCGACUGAGGAGAAAUCUGAGUCGGCUCUCACAUGGUGUCGACACGUCCUGGAUAACCCCAGCCCUGAGGUGGAGGCGGCGUGUCGUCAGCUGAUGAACAGGCUGGAUGGAAGACCGAGCAGUCACCUCUACAGACGUCCUGCAGUUUGUCAUCGCACUGUGGGGAAAUCUUCAGGUAACACAACCCAGAACAUCUCCCAUAGUCCAGACAACAAUAAGCUGAGCAUCUCCAACAACUCCAUACACACAAACUACAGACUGGAGGACAUCACAGACGUCCGCAUAAUGGCUCAGAUACAGGAGGCCAGUUUACGACAAGACUAUGUUUCCGCGCCCCGGAGAAGCCCUGAGUCACCUUUUUAUUUCAACACCGCUGUAGAAAAUAGUGACGACUUCACUCCAGGGAAUAAAACCGAGGCGUCAUCUCCCUCGCGCUGGUCGCCUCGUCUGUUGUCCCAGAGCUCCCCCUCUAGUCAGUCACCAACAUCAGCUGCCAGGCAGAGUCCCAAACUGGCCAGACUUCAGCAGCAGGUCACCCAGUUCAAGCUGCUUAAACUGACGCAGAAUCAAGCAGCAUCAGCAGGUAGGACCGGGUCGCCUGUCCGGACCAGCCUCCGCUCCCUCCAGGCGGUUCGGAACAGUCGCAGUUUUGAAACCGACGACUACCUCCCUGCUCAUCAAACUGCCCCCACUGCAUCAGGUGCAUCAUCUGCCAGAAUGGGGCCCAGCAGCUGGUCUCCAUCACUUUCUCCGGCAUCCGUGAGCUCCAGCUCAGCGAGAGACCACUUGGUCCGGAUAGCGGCCAUGAAGAGGCCGCAGAGGUCUCAGUCUCUCAGCCCCUGCAGGAUCGCUCAGUCUGCUAAAGUAUACCUGUCUCGUCACGGGCGCGUCUUUGCGUCUCCUGAGAGGUCGACCCCUCUGGCUUGGGUCAGAUAUGCACCACAUGCUCAACAGUGAAAGACAUCACCAGUGAAUCCCUACCACUUAAGCUGAUAUAAUAAUGAAAACAUGAAGAUGUUCAUGCGAUAUUUUACUGAUAAGGUAAUUUACGUCUAUAGUUAAGCCUGCAGAAAAAUAUAUUAAAUGUCUGUACUGCAUCUGUGUUUCCAGUUUCCAUUACAUAGGCUGGAUUUCUUUCAAGAGGGUGUAUCUAGAUUGAUUACAUUCAUUUAUCAAGUUAAAAACCUAAAUGUGUAUUGUAAAUAAAUAGGUGUUGAAGCAUGAGUAUAGUCUUUCUCUGCUGAUAAAUCUAAUUUGAGAUGCCCUUGAAAUAAUCAAAGUGAAGAAUAAUUUUAAUAAAAUGAAAUAGGAUAAGGUC